GUUCAGAUUUUGGAUUGCUCAACUGUACCUGUUUUGUCAUUAGAAUAAUAAGAGAGAUUGUGUAAAGUCCACCACCCGUCAGUUAGAUUCGACCGGAUACAGCGAGAAUUUUUGACACGAGUCCUACUACGAACAGAUUCUUCCACUGCUGAUUUCCUUCCGAAAGAAUAUCAUUCGCCUUUGAAAUCUGCAGUCUUUACGGCUGAACGAAGACAUCACAUGUCCUUUGCUUUAUUUAGGCGUAUUCUCUGGUAAAUUGUGAAUACAGAUGGACGCAGUGAUCACAAGCAAGAUAAACUGAGGGAAACGUGCUGCGCUCCUAGAAUGCGGAUGCGGGGCUCGGCAGCAGACAUGACUGACCCAAGCCAGCUAUUUGAAGACACAAGUACCAGUUCUGGUUCGCCAGGAAUGGAAUAUAGAGCUAGUGAAACACAGAGUGCUGGCUUUACAGCUCAGUCUUUGCUGUCAGAUCCAAUGUCUAAUCUGGCUAUGGCUUAUGGAAGCAGUCUUGCCACCCAAGGAAAAGAUAUGGUUGAUAAGAGAUUGUACCAGUUCAUCCCCAUCUCCAAACUGAAAUACUACUUUGCUGUGGAUACAAUGUAUGUGGGGAAGAAACUUGGAUUGCUGGUCUUCCCAUACAUGCAUGAGAACUGGGAAGUAAGGUACCAGCAAGACACACCAGUAGCACCUAGAUUUGACAUUAAUGCACCUGACCUCUAUAUUCCAGCAAUGGCUUUUCUUACAUACAUACUGGUAGCUGGCCUAGCACUGGGAACACAAAACAGUUUUAUUUUUUUACAUAGAUUUUCCCCGGAAAUAUUAGGCAUGCAAGCAAGCUCUGCAUUAAUUUGGCUCAUAAUAGAGGUUGGGGUUACCUUGCUGAGUCUCUACAUAAUGACUGUCAACACAGAUCUGACUACUAUAGAUCUUAUAGCUUUCUCAGGGUAUAAAUAUGUGGGAAUGAUUAUUGGGGUUUUGUCUGGGUUGAUAUUUGGAAGAAUUUGUUAUUACCUCAUGCUGUUAUGGUGCUGUAUUGCAAUAGUUGUGUUUAUGGUCCGCUCUUUGAGACUGAAAAUCUUAUCAGAAGCUGCUGCAGAAGGAAAGUUGAUCCGAGGGUCCAAAAACCAGUUAAGAAUGUACCUCACCAUAACCAUUGCCGUUGUCCAGCCUAUAUUCAUGUAUUUUCUCACAUACCACCUUGUCAGAUGAGUGUAAUUUUACAGGAACAGAUUAUUGUCCUACUCAGGGCGUAGGUUAAUGCUGACAAAUUACAGUCAUUUGACUUUCAAUAACAGUUUUCAUCUCAAAAUUGAUCCUUUAAUAAACUUGAUGGACAGUGGAGCUGGUGCUGAAAUGGAUGCUCAAGUGCAAGUGAGCCAUUGUGACUAGAGUAGGAUAUUAGAUUCAUGUUUUUGUAAUGUUAUGUAAAUUGUAAUGACACUAUUCUCAAACUGACACUUUGGCGGUUCACAAAUUUUAUUUUUUUUUUCUCCAGUCUACUGGUUGAAGAAGGUUAAACAAAAGUAAAAUUUCAGCACCUUUGUGGCCUUCUUUUCAGGAUGUGCUUAUCACUUAAGUUAUUUGAGAGGGGACUAGCAUUUAUAUUAGGUGGUGCCUUUUUUAUAUACAAGCUUCUAAAGCAUACACAUUCUGAUUUGCUCUAAGAAGAAAAGAAGACCAGGCAAUAGGCACAAUUGUAUUUUACGUUUAUAUUUAUGAAUUGAUCUAAGCUAAAAGCACAUUGUGUUCUUUUUUUUAAUACAGAUGAACUUUAAAUUGUAUUGACAUGUUAAUGUGUCAGUAAUUGCUUGUCCACAGAACACACUAAGAUAUGUCAGAGGUCAUAUUUAUUAGUUUUUCCUUACAGUUUAGCAUUUUAUAUGCUGCUGGUGCAAUAACAUAUGUGGCCUCUGGGUGUCACCAAAGCAUUUAGACAAAGCAACUGCCUCCGCAUUGCCUGCCAAAAUAAAGGAUUUUGUAAACACUGGCCUGUCGUUCGGUCCUUUGUGGUAUAUGUUGGUCCUUUUUUGACUAAAUGUGUACUUUUAAUUUUCCUUCCACUGAUUUAAUCAUAUGCUUUGAUUGUCAAGUGCUUUUGAAAGUAAACUGUUUGCUUUUAAUUCUUCUCAAACCAAUUUAAAGUGUGAAUUCCCAAAUGUCAGUUUGAGUUUGGAUGUUAUGUUUUUCAAUUUUGGUAAAACCUGGAUUUUUUUUUUUUUCUUUUCAUGAAACUGCAUCAAUUUUAAAUACUGGAAAGACAAUUUACUGCUAUAAAGUAUACUUCUUAACAUAUUUCUGCAGAAACCUAUUAGAAGCUUACACCCUAUCAAUAAUCUUGAAGCUGCUAUAGCAAUACUAAAGAAAGAGCACUGUUUUAGUGAAUAUGUGCCAUUGUGUUUUGGAGAGUUUUAGUUUACAGAAAUACUCAAAUUUGGUCUAAUUCUAAUAUAUUUUAAAAACACAGUAAAUUUGGCAGGGACUCUUGCUGCAUGAAUUCAAAAAUGUUAGUCACAAAUUUAUUCUUUAUGCCCAAACAGCUUCUUAAUGGCUAAUGAGGAUGGCCAUUGCCUUGAUUAACUCCUUAGUGCUUUAAUUUGAAAUUUUUACACCUCUACUUAUUUUUAUCAUUCAUUAUCCAAACUGGAAUGGAGUAUAUUUUGGUGAUCAUCUUGCAGUGGAAGCUGCUUGAAAUCCUACAACUGCAGCUUUUAAAUGUUGCUGUUAAAAUUUUUGUAAUUAUGUAUUCCCAUCUGUGUAAAGAUGAUUUUACAUAUUUUCUACUAUGCUCCUCAUAUCAAUAAAUAAGCACAUAGAAACCUCAUUAAGUUUGUUUU